UGGUGCGCUGUGUCCCUCGGACAUAGCGGAUCACCAAUCUAUGGAAAGAGCCGAAGCUAUCGGCUCGGUCAUGUGAUCAGCUGUGUCCAAUCACAGCUGAUCACAUGGGACAUGUACACUGAUCAUCAGGGCACUGAUGAUCAGUGUGCCCCCAGAAGUGCCACCUGUCAGUAUCCAUCAGUGCCAGCUGUCAGUGCUGAACAGUGCCACGUGCCAGUGCCAUCAGUGCCACAUCAAUGCCACAUAUCAGUGCCUACCAGUGCACAUCAAUGCCACAUAUCAGUGCCCAUCUGAGCUGCCUUUCAGUGUCACCCAUCAGUGCCAGUCAGUGCCACCUAUCAAUGCCAAUCAGUGCCACCUAUCAGUGCUGCCAAUCAGUGCCACAUAUCAGUGCCAGUCAGUGCCGCAUAUCAAUGCCAUCAGUGCCGCCUAACAGUGCAGUCAGUGCUGCCUAUUUAUAUCAGUGCUGCCCCCAUCAGUG